AUGUCCUCCAUCACACAGGACUGGGCCCUGUGUUCAGUGGGUAAAGCUGGGUCAUUUAGUAGUUUAGAGGACCUGGGAUGCCAUGAGCAGCUGGAUCAGAAGGACGGCCAGGACUCUGAGGACCCCAGAGAAUACUGCUAUGGUGGCUACCACCCUGUCCAAAUAGGUGACACUUUCAACAGGAGGUACCAGGUUGUUUCCAAGCUCGGCUGGGGCUAUUUCUCCACCGUCUGGCUGUGUCUAGACCUCCAGCUGGCUCGGCGGGUCGCUGUGAAGGUGCUGAAGAGUGGACCCGGCUUCUCCGAGGCAGGCCAGGACGAACUGGCUCUCCUGCGAUGCGCCAGCGGCCCGACUUCCCGUCAUCCCUCCAGUCGAAGGAUUGUUCAGCUGCUGGAUGAGUUCAAGCUUGUCGGGGUCAACGGGGUCCAUUUAUGCCUCGUGCUGGAGCUGCUGGGCCCAGACCUGAGAAGCUGGCAAGUGUGUUUUGGGAAUCCAGGACUGCCGCGACCUUGGGUCAAACAAAUACUCACUCAGGUUCUUGAGGGCCUGGACUACCUUCACUCCCACUGUAAAAUCAUCCACACAGAUAUCAAACCAGAGAACAUCCUGCUGUGUCUGGAGAAGCAGUCCCACAAACGGCCAGCAGGGGACAGCAGCUCCUCCUCUAUACUGCCUGGGAAGGAGGCCAAGACCAGAGAGGGGGAGCGCCUGAACCCAUUCAGCUGGGAGGAAGUGACAGUGAAGAUAGCUGACCUGGGCAGUUCCUGCUGGGUGUAUAAACAUUUCUGUGAGGAGAUCCAAACUCGUCAGUAUCGCUCUCUUGAGGUUUUACUGGGAUCUGACUAUGGCCCGCCUGCUGACAUCUGGAGCAUAGCCUGCAUGGCCUUUGAGUUGGUCACUGGAGAUUCACUGUUUGAACCUAAAGCCGGCAAGACGUUUUCCCAGGAGGAAGAUCAUAUAGCCCACAUCAUUGAGCUCCUUGGUAGAAUCCCUCCGGCUAUUGCAUUGACGGGCAAAUACUCAGCAGAGUACUUCAACCGCAGAGGUGACCUGUGUCGUAUAAGUAUGCUCAGGCCUUGGGGUCUCUUUGAUGUUCUGGUGGAGAAAUACCACUUCCUGUUGGAGGAGGCUUCUGUAUUCUCUGACUUCCUGCUUCGCAUGUUGGAUUACCAUCCAGAGAAGAGAGCCACUGCUGCACAGUGCCUCCUCCACCCCUGGCUGGCUUCCUGA